UUUGUUUAUUUACUCCCCCAGGCCAAACCCGCCGGUUCCGGUUUCUCUGCCUAAUCGCGACGUCGUAUCAACCCCCCUCUCCCCCCGACAUACACCCAUUUAUGGCCCGGAGCAUCAAUUGACAAUGUCCUCGUCCGGGCUUGACAUAUCGCAGCUGUCUGACAGCGAGAGGGCUGGUCUUGAAACUUAUAUAGCGGUGACGGGCCAAGACCCUUUGGAGGCUAUUCCUUUGUUACGACGUUCGGAAUGGAACGUGCAGAUUGCCAUCUCCAAGUUCUUCGAUGGUGAAGGUCCAGACCCGGUUGAGGAGGCUCGCGCAGCUUUGAAUACCCCUCCUCCUAGGCCGACUAGACAGACGCAGAACCUACUGAGCGAUGACCUCCGCGCGCAAUUCUCCCCAUCCACACGCGCUGCUGAGCCAGCUCCUCGGAUAGUCACCCAAUCUGAGGAUCAGCCUGUCUAUCGCCCGCCUUUCAUUCUAGCGCUCCUCUUUACCCCGCUCAAUCUCCUCUACAGACUGCUGUACAACUCUUUCCGCUUGUUCGGCUCCCUCUUCCCUUUCCUCCCGCGACUCUUCAAUACCACAGCCAGUCCCGCUCUUCAUGGUUCACGCCGAAACACCAAUGGCCGCCGGCCCCUGGGCCCGAAAGAUACCGCUGCCCGGUUCAUCCGGGAAUUUGAGGAGGAGUACGGCACCAACUCGAUCGGCUUUCUGGAAAAUGGAUACAACAUGGCGCUGGAGAAGGCUCACCGGGAAUUGAAGCUUCUUCUUGUCGUGCUGCUUGCCCCCGAACACGACGAUACGCAUGGCUGGGUCCGCGACACUCUGCUCUCGCGGGAGGUCACCGACUUUGUUACCGACCCGCAGAACGAGAUUCUCGUAUGGGGUGGAAACAUUCAAGACUCAGAAGCAUACCAGGUUUCAAACUCGCUACGGUGCACCAAGUUCCCCUUUGCGGCUGCGGUUAUCCACACUCCCAAUGUUUCUUCGACAGCAAUGUCUGUUGUGGCUCGCAUACCGGGAACCACCUCCCCAGCAGAAUUUGUGGAAAAGCUUCGGACCGCGAUCGCUCAGAACAAAGAGCCUCUGGAGCGCAUCCGCGCCACUCGGGCAGAACAGCAGGCUUCUCGCAGUCUACGCGAGCAGCAGGAUUCGGCCUACGAGCGGUCUCUAGCCAUUGACCGCGAACGGGCGAGACAGAGACGCGAGGCGGAGGCCGCCCGCCAACGAGAAGAGCAAGAAGCGGCUGAGCGCCAGGCGGCGGAAGAGAAGCGGAUCCAAGAUCUUCAGCAGUGGAGACAAUGGCGAGCCCAGUCGAUCGCUAAGGAGCCCGGUCCGGACGCCAAGGAUGCGGUGCGCAUCAGCAUCAGGUUGCCGUCGGGCGAACGCGUCAUCCGGAAGUUCGAACCUGAGGCGAGCAUCGAUGAGCUCUACGCAUUUGUGGAAUGUUAUGAGAUUCUGAAAGAGCCAGUGGAGGGAGCAGCGACCGUCUCGAAACCGGAUGGGUUCGAACACCAGUAUGGAUUCCGACUGGUUUCACCUAUGCCGCGGGUGGUCUAUGAAGUGGGUGCCGGGGGCUCCAUCCGAGAUCAGAUCGGCCGGGGUGGAAACCUGCUGGUCGAACCCAUCAAUGACGAAAGCGAGGACGAGGAGGCGGCGGAGGAGGACUCGUGAGCACUAUCUACAUGUACGAUUAUCGAUUUUGGUUUAUUGAGAUGAUGAGUGUGUAUGGUAUCAAUUGACCGGCCUCAGAAUGGAUAAUCUCAUAGACUACUAC